AUGGGAUCCAAGUGCUGUUCCGGCGAGGAGGCCACUGAUUCCGGCCAAGAUGGCCGCAACGAGCGCGUGCAUGCUGCGAGCUAUCGAGAGGAAGUGAUCAAGGACGAGAAUGCUCAGGGCAUCUCCAUUUCAGCCUUGGCAAAGCGGCCCAGUGUGAAAGAAAGCAGAGAGUUCACGAUAAAGCUGAAAAAGACCCUCGAGCAGUCUCGGCUUGGCAUCGAUGUGGACCUCACCGAUGGGGUCGGGGUGGUGGUGGAACAGGUGAACCAGGGCCUCGUGAAGGACUGGAACCAGGCACACCCAGAGCUGUCGGUGCAGAGAGGGGAUAGGUUAAUCAAGGUCAAUGGCGUUGCUUCGAAUGCCGCCGAGAUGACGGAGGUCUGCAAGAAGCAAGACGAGCUUGAGAUCACGGUGUCCCGGAAAUAA